AUGACAUUUUUAAGAUGGAAUUAUCCUGAUGAAGUACUCUCUGGUUAUUGGGGUCCUGUCACUUCCACCAUCGAUUGGUGUGAAGAAAACUAUGUCAUCUCACCUUUCAUAGCAGAAUGGUCUAACACAUUGACUAAUGCUAUGUUUUUAUUAACUGCUCUAUACACUACUUGGACUGCAUAUCGCGAUCGUUUAGAGAAAAGAUUUAUCUAUAUCGGUUUAGGGUUCGCCCUGGUAGGGGUCGGAUCUUGGUGGUUCCAUAUGACUUUGCAAUACAAAUAUCAAUUAUUAGAUGAAUUACCAAUGUGGUAUGCCACUUGUAUACCUACUUGGUCAUUAAUCUGUGAAUAUUUGGAUUAUUUUCCACCUAACCAACAACAAAAUGGUUCGUCAACUCGUUCUUCAAAUUCGUUUUUCAGUUUAAGUCCUCAACAAACAAGACGUAGACAUGAUAUCAUCGGUUGGAUCAUUACCGCUGUUGUUGCUAUUUUAACUGUGGUCUACAUGUUUUGGGAUAGAAACCCUUAUAUCCAACAUACUGGGUAUGCAGUAUUCACAGGUAUAGUGGUAAUCAUCUCUGCCAUUAUGAUGUGGAAGAAGAUUACAGAUCGUUUUGCAAAGAGAAAUUUAAUGUGGUGUGCCGGUCUUGGUGCAUUAAUAUUUGCUGUAGGGUUUGUCUGUUGGAUUUUUGACAAAGCCAUGUGCGGAUUUUGGAGAAAUCUGAGAAGAAACUAUAUAUUGUUGCCUUUCGGUGUAUUAUUUGAAUUACAUGGCUGGUGGCAUUUAUUAACAGGUACAGGUGUCUAUUAUUAUGUGGUGUUUUUACAAUACCUAAGAAUUUUAGUUGUCAAUGAAAAAGUAGAUGACUAUUUGUUCAUUUGGAGAUUGAAAUUGAUCCCAGAAUUAAUUCCAAAGGAAAUGGCAAACGAUUUAUGGACCCCUUACUCUUUAGAAUUUAGAGGACCUUACGUCAAGAUCAAGGACCCUAAUACACAUUCUAACGGACAUGUACAUGGUCAUAAUCAUACGCAUGAAUCCUCUUUACUACACUCUUCCAACGUUCACAACAAUUAUAAUAGUACAAGCAAUUGA